CCAGCUGCCGCCAGAGGUUCAUGUUGGUGUUUCUGGAGAAUAAAAGAAUCACACUUUAACUUUCACUCUGAAGACAGGCAACGCCAAAGCGUGCGAGCCAACCCGGGACCACAGCGACAGUGAAGUGAAGAGUGACUCAUUAAACUUUGUUCCCGCAAGAGAAAAGCUAAUUAGUUUUCCAGGUCGAGGUGCCUCAGAAGAUACUGCCAUGGCGAAGGUACAAGUGCUGAAUGUUGCUGUGCUGGACAACCCGAGCCCGUUUGGAAAUCCGUUUCAGUUUGAAAUAACGUUUGAAUGCAUGGAGGAUUUGCCGGAAGAUCUGGAGUGGAAGAUCAUCUAUGUGGGUUCAGCUGAGAGUGAGGAAUACGACCAGGUUCUGGACUCUGUUCUAGUUGGCCCGGUACCAGCUGGCAGACACAUGUUUGUGUUUCAGGCUGAUGCUCCUAACACAGGGCUGAUUCCUGAAAGUGAUGCCGUAGGGGUGACUGUAGUCCUUAUAACCUGCACAUACCGCGGACAGGAAUUCAUCCGCAUCGGUUACUAUGUCAACAAUGAAUACACAGACCCUGAACUACGGGAAAACCCACCUCUCAAACCAGACUACACCCAGCUCCAGCGGAAUAUUUUGGCCUCCAACCCCCGUGUCACCCGCUUCCACAUCAACUGGGAAGGAUUGGCAGACAAGAUGGAGGACUGCGAGAACGUUGACCCAUCGCCCAACAUCAGUGGCAUGCUCCCCCCAUCCUGUGCACCAGGGAAGAUGCCACCUCUUGGACUGAUGCCGGACAACUCCAUGGACUGCAUAUAAGAGUCAUCAGAGUAAGAUGAUGGACCAGAAGCUCUUAUCUGUACACUCACCCACAUCACUAACACACGUUUGGACAAGGAGGCAAUGGAUGCGUCUAUAUAACAUGGACAUUAACAGGAAGCAGAGACAUUAUUUUUAUACAGCAUAAACAAAUGGGAUGGAUCUGGGAUUGUUACAAACUGUUUUUCCUUCUUUUUCCACUCUCUUCGCUAACACAGAUCUGCACAACCAACAAUGCCUUAUUUAACCGUAACUCUGUCAUGGUAGAUGUUCAAGCUGAGCCAGAGAAAGCUUGAGCCAUCAGGGUGGGCUGAAUUUAAGGCGAGACCAUCGUAUCCUCACAGCCCUGAGACUUGCAUACUCAUAAGCUGACGUUGACCCGUUUGGUACCCAUACACACUUUGUCCCCUUGAGCGCAGGUCGAAGCUGUGGGCAAUGCUCUGUAUGUUGGAAUAGAUGUGGCAUUAGCCGCUCAUGGUAAAGCAUUUCUUGUCCUGAAGGUUUGUCUCCACUGAUAAAUAUUUGCAACAUCUGGAGAACCUGUGGAAGCAAAUCUUGGACUGAAAAUGAAGCCCACUUUCAGGUGCCUGUUGUAAGAAGUAGCUUUACUUACUGGAUAGUUUAUGCUGAGUACAACCUUGUGCUUGAAUGAUUUGCCCUUGAGUUAUCCAGAUAACUCAGUAAACCUGCUUCUUCAAACAGGCUUCAGUUCAGAUAAUGUUCUUUAAAAUGUUACAUAAGAUGUUUGUAAUUAUGCACAAAAGAUGCGACUACGGAGAAAUGGAUGCCAUAUUGCAGUGAAGUUGUUUGGAUGCUUUAAGCAUACUGUAAAUAAUGUUUUCCCAGUGCUUAUUUUGUCUUCGAGGUGAGAAGACAUUUUCUUUUUGUACUUAGUAUAUAUUCUCUGCCUCAAUAUUUGUAACAACAGCAAUGGACUUAAUAAAGUUUGUUUUGUGGA